AUGGCCAACGUCGACGAUCCCAAAAGAGCGGAAGCGACACUGAAGGCUGCAACUCGCCGUGUCAAUUUCAAAAUUGCCGAGGCCUCUCGGCCAGUGUUUGAUGAGUCCAUCACUGUUCAAUUCACUCAACCUCCGGAGCCAGACUGGGUAUGUGGCUCUGGGUCCAACAAAACAUCGGCCAAGGCUUCCGCAGAUCCCACGAAACACAUAUCUAUUGAUCCUUAUGCCGCUGAUCGAACAUUGUUCAACAACUACCAAUUGCUCGUGAGCGGAAUCGUCCCACGACCCAUCGCUUUGGUAUCCACAUGCUCCCGUGACGGAAAGACCGAAAACUUGGCACCUUUCAGCUUUUUCCAGUUCGUCAAUGUUGAUCCGCCGGUCAUCGCGCUGGCUGUGACAAGCCCGAUCAGUGCGGCAAAGGACACUUUGCGUAACCUACUCGAAACUGGGGAAUGCGUCAUCAAUGUUGUAAGCGAAGGCUUCAUCGAAGCUGUUAACGCUUCCAGCGCCAAUGCCCCAUACGGUGCUUCAGAAUGGGAUAUCAGUGGUCUGACACCCGUGUACGACACUAAAACGGUUUCCCCUCCUCGAGCGAAGGAAUCCAUUUUCAGUAUCGAGGCGAAGCUGGAAAGCGUGCGCAAUUUUACUAGCAGACUGAAUCCCGGAACUAAAUCGGGCUCUUUGCAGCUCGUAGAAGCCACUCACUUCUGGGCACGAGAGGAUGCCCUCACUCCCGACGGAAAAUCUUUGGAUAUUUCGAUCUUGCGGCCAGUGAGCAGGCUAGGUGGCAUCUCAUAUGGCCGGAUCACUCAAGUCUUUGAUCUGCAACGGCCGGAUUUUGAUCUCGAUGUGGGCGGUUUGGAGGGUUAUGCGAAGCUGAAGAGAGAAAGGGAACAGAAAGAAAGGAGUGCUGCCUAG